CAAAUCAUAUUUACCCACGGUAUUAGGGGGAUGUUUAUACAUCCACAAGUUUAAAGAGUUUUCUACUAAAUUCUCAUAGGUGUUUAAAUGGAGUAAAUAAUGUGCUUUAAAAAUGGCCUUAAGCUUGGAGUAAAUAACAUGUUGCUAAAAUCGUCCACCCAAAACAGAAACCUGGCUAGAAAGGGUGGUUUCGCACUGUAGGCUGGUGGAGAAAAGGUUCUGUCAAAAGUUUAAAUUGUGGUGUGGAUAAGUGUCAACUAUUAUCAUGCCUUGGUAUCUUACCACAUGACCAGGGAUGGAUCCUAGAGUUCAGGUUUAGUGGUGUAGUCUUGCGUGACAGACUGGGAAUGACAUUAAUAUUAAAGCGUCUGCUUAAAGAUAAAGUUUAGUUAUGAGUCUUAUAUGAUGUUUUUGAUGUUAAAUGGCAAGACUGAGUUGUUAAAUUAAUAAAUGGUAACACUAAUGUCUACAAUGUGUUAUCCAUAUUUUAAUGAAUGAAUAGUAUAUACAGAUUGUGAUCAGGAUAGUACAUGUAGCGGUAUGCAUCAUACCAAGGAUGGAAGCUGAAAACUGAAUAAUCAGUAUAAUUAAAAAACUAUUGUUGUGUUACAUCCUGAAACUGAGUAGAAAUAGAUGGAUUAUGUUGUUUCUGUGUGGAAAGUUAGUCACCAGUCGAUUGCAAAAUAGACUAUUGCGGGAAUUUCUGUAUAUUAUUCACCUUCCUACAUUUGGUUCUGUUUGAAUGAACUUUAUUAUAGCUUAUGAAUACCAACAACCAUAAAACCUUUAUGGAUAAUACUUCUUUUGCGGAAUGUCGAGGAUAUGAUAGUGAAUAAUACCAUUAAAACUUGUUGUGAACAUUUGUUGCUGACAGAACUGUCCAUAGUUCAAAGCUUAUCAGCGUAGAUAAUCAAUAGAUAACAAUUGCAAAAUGAGUUGGCUACGAUCAAAAUCCUACUCGUUAAAGGCAAGUAAAGUAUCCAGCAAUAUAGAAGAGAUGGAUACAAUUCUGCGGGGUAUAGUUGCGUCGGACCAUCCAGACUCGCUGAAGCAAGACCUCCUUGCAAAGGUUGCCAAGCAGGGCUCAAACCAGCCUUCCACCAUUGUUCAUAAUGUCCUGGACCUUACAGCCACCUGGUUUCUUGAGGGGGAGACCUCAAUGCAUCAUAAACAUGGACUCAAUAUCUACAAAUCUUGGGCAAAAUGCCACAUGACCAUAUUGGAGGAAUUUUUUACCAAGGACUAUUUGUUAGCUCUGUUGUCAAAGAAGUAUCACUCAGAUGAGACAGGAAGGGUUUUUGUUCUGAUUUUGCAUAGUAUGAGAAUCCUGCAGUCCAGCGCUCAGUCUUCAGAAUUGUUCAGAAAUCAUUGCACAAUUAUUGAGGCCAAGGCAACUGCAUAUGUACGGGAACACCCGUUUGUGGAAUGCCUUAUGCACUUUUCAGAUUUCCUCCUUGAAUUUAAAGAAUGCAUACCCAAGGGUGACAUUACACUUCAAUUCUGCACCCAUCUUGUAAGGUCCCUCAGUUUAUGUGGCCCGCCUGACAACCAAAACGAAAUUCUGAGUUACGUAAAAAAUGUGAACAUUGUUGCAAAUUUGAUGUCACACAUAUGGGAUAAUACAGAUUCGCAGAAUUUGCUUGGUUCGUUGCAAGAAAUUUUCAAAAUCAUUUCAAUGCCAUGUGACAUAGAACCUUCUCUGUGUCUUGGGUCCUUGGUACCCUAUAUUCCUACGAAAGUGAUUCCAAAGGUUGUUCAAAAUGUCAUUAUGGACUCCAGUAUUGACAACAACAGCAUGGUGACUGCCUUACAACGUAUAAUAGACUGGUUAUUGUGGCCGACAACACGUUUUGUGGACAAAUGGAUGAUAGAGUUCCUACAGCAGCUGGCAGCAGUCCAGAAGUAUACCAUCCUUAUCACAGUGACAGAAAAUAAAGUUGACCAGAUCUUCCAGAAGCUGCAGUUUGUUCCUGUACGUGAGCCUGGACUGAACAUAGUGUCCCACAUGCUUCUGAGCUUCCAACACUCUCCAGAACCUUUCCAUAAGAUUCUGCCUAUGGUUCCAAAGAUCAUCUCAGUGAUGCAGAAUGAUGCCUCUGAUCAGUCUCCGCCGCUGCUUGCAAGGCUUGCAGAGCUCCUUCAUGUGCUCAUGUACCUUCAUGCAGGCUUCCCAGAACUCUAUGACCCUGUGUAUGAUGUCAUCAAGGACUUUCCCAAGCCCUCACCGGACAUGAUCAAGUUUCGCCUGCUGGAGUCUAAGUGGACAGCUCACCGUGAUGGCUCCAGUCAGGCGCCCCGGUCCUAUCAGCCCAAGGCAGAGAUGGGCAAGACUGGGCUCUUCAACCUGGGCAACACCUGCUACAUGAACAGCAUUCUGCAAGCACUUUACAUGUGUGACAGUUUUCGUGAAGGUGUGUUACAGCACAUACCCACCCAGGAGCAAGGUCUCAUUGUGAAGCUACAGCAUGUGUUUGCUUUCCUCACACUCUCUCAGAGACCUUCUUAUGCCCCUGUGAACUUCCUGGCUGCCUCUCGGCCACCAUGGUUUAUGUCUGGUUUCCAGCAGGACUGCUCAGAGUUCCUGAAAUACCUUCUUGACCAGCUGCAUGAGCAGGAAACCAGGCAUCAGAAAAAUACCCAGAAUGCACUGGAUGUCCAGCCAAACAGCAGUGAUAGCUUGCAACAGAAUGGUGGGCAAGACUCCACUCUGAUAAAGGAUUACUUUGGCGGUAUGAUGACCUCAACUAUAAAGUGCUUAAACUGUGGACAGGAAUCAAGUAAGAAAGAGAUGUUUAUUGAUUUGCCGUUGGCAUUCCCAGAAUAUGGUUCAUCAGUGGGACAGAAGUCUUUGAUUGGAGGUAGCAGUAGUAAAUCCAAGGAACAGAUGCAAGCCCCAGUGUCUGAAUCCAGUACAACCACUGACGUGGAGGAACGCAACUGUCUCCACCUGAAUGACUUAUUGAAACAUUAUUUGAAACCAGAAAAACUGACUGGCGAUAACAAGUACCAUUGUGAAAAUUGUGGUGGUCUGCAGGAAGGGGAAAGAAGUUUGAAAAUUGUGGAAACACCCGAGUAUCUGAUUUUGACAUUGCUUAGAUUUUCUUACGAUACGAGAUUACAAUCACGCUCAAAAGUGUUUCGAGAAGUGAAAUAUCCAAAGACAUUGCUUGUACCUGUGAGUGACCACAGAUCUGAUACUAGUGAAGCCAAACAUGACAGAAGCGUGUCGUUUGGAUCAGAGAUUGCCAGCCGCCUUGAAACCUGUGGUGUGGUAACGGGUUUAGACAAUGCAGAUGUCUAUUCCCUGUGUUCGGUGGUGAUCCAUUCUGGGACUUCCUCUGACUGUGGUCACUACUACUGCUAUGCCAGACAUUCAGAAUUCAGCUCUACCUCGUUACCUGAAGCGACCGGCCAGACAACGAACGAGGAUGACAUUGAUUUUCUUGACGACAAAUGGUACCUGUUCAAUGACAGCAGAGUGUCGUAUGCAAGCUACAGUUCGUUUUGCAAUGUGAGUCAGCGGUUCACAAAGGACACAGCCUAUGUUCUUAUGUACCGCAAGGUGGAUGGGGACAAAUUGAAGGGGUCGACGACACGGCAUUCUGAUCAGUCCAUCCGCCUCAGUAAGACUGACACGCCCCUUAGGGAGGACCUGCGGGCAGCUGUCGUCAAGGACAACAAAUCAUACCUACAGGAGCAAGAGCUCAAUGCCUCCAAGAAAGUGAGUCGCAAGCGCCCAAAUGAUUUCCAAUGGUACAACUGGAAAGACGAUGAUGACAAGGGCGGACAGUUCGGUGGCGGAGGAAACUCGUUUGGGGACCUUGAUACCAGUGGUAGCAGAUUUGUCUUCUAGUUAACUUUGUACCUGUUGUUGGCAUGCUGUCAGGCAAUUUUUCAUUAUAUACAUUGUAGUGAUAUAGGCAACAACUUGAAACAGGGAUAUCAGAGAUACAAAGAGCACAUAUAGGAUGAUUCGUAGAAGGAUUCAGGGAGUAUAGGAAUGUGAUCAAGACAACUGCAGAGACUUCAUAACUUAAAAGUCAAUCUCCUAUGUGUCUGUCUGUAUUUCUUCCUAAGUGGAGUCGGGCAUAAACGGUGUCUGAGCGAAGAUAUCUAAGUUAUAGGGCAAAACUUUUAUUGUUAUGUGAUGUAUUUCAGUGUAAAAUGGUAGUACCGGUAUAAUAUUUGUACAGAAAUGUGAUAUGUGUUGGUGUUUACCCAUGCCUGCAUAAAAAUUGUGUUUGACAUAGUGAACAUUUUCUUGGUAUCAAACUUCAAAAGUGCAGUCCAAAAGUACUCUUUUACUUUGUAAAAGUGUAAAUAAACUAAAAUCAUAAAUCAUUGGAGAGUUGUAAUUGGAAAUCAUUUGUGGAAGUACUUAAAAGUAUUUAUCGACAGAGCUGUCAUGUUGGAUUUGCAGUGUACUGAUAUGGCAGUAAAGGAUCGAUUUCAAGACAGGGUGUGAAAUAAGCAUACUGAAGAGCGUUCCUUUCCUGUUACAUGUAUUUAAAUAUAUAAUAUGGAAUUGUGUACAAAUGGAUCUAAUGCGAUAUGUAGCCUUCACAUUCAGGUUGUCUGGUCAGGAGCUGCCAUGUUCGCUGUAAAUCAAGCAAGGUUACGUGGUCUCAUUAGCAGACAGGGUAGCUCUUGACCAGUCUCCGCAAAUUCACAGCUUGGUCUGGAUCAACACUGGCUGUACAUUGCAUAAGACCCAUUUUUGCAUGAUGUGACUCAUAUGUUCACUAGAUUACAAGGAUAUCAUGUUGUUCAUUUGAUAAUCAAUAAUAUGUACAUUGAAGAAAACUAAAUUGUAGAGUACUUUACAAGCAGUGUAAAUCUAUGCAUAUAACAUGUGUGUCAGGAAUACAUAUAGAAUGGCUGCAGAGAGAUAAAAUUAAAUAUAUUAUUACCUUGAGGAGCAUCCUAGCAGUGAUGAUUUUGGUGCAUGUGACUGCUUGGUGCAAAUUAAACACAGUUUAUGGUGCAUUUUAAUUUGUUAUGCCCCCCUUCGAAGAAGAGGGGGUAUAUUGCUUUGCUCAUGUCGGUCUGUCUGUCUGUUGGUCGGUCGGUCGGUCUGUCGGUCCGUCCACCAGGUGGUUGUCAGACGAUAACUCAAGAACGCUUGGGCCUAGGAUCAUGAAACUUCAUAGGUACAUUGAUCAUGACUCGCAGAUGACCCCUAUUGAUUUUGAGGUCACUAGGUCAAAGGUCAAGGUCACGGUGACCUGAAAUAGUAAAAUGGUUUUUGAAUGAUAACUCAAGAACACAUAUGCCUAGGAUCAUGAAACUUCAUGGGUAGAUUGACCAUGACUUGCAGAUGACCCCUAUUGAUUUUGAGGUCACUAGGUCAAAGGUCAAGGUCACGGUGACCCGAAAUAGUAAAAUGGUUUCCGGAUGAUAACUCAAGAACGCAUACGCCUAGGAUCAUGAAACUUCAUGGGUAGAUUGAUCAUGACUCGCAGAUGACCCCUAUUGAUUUUGAGGUCACUAGGUCAAAGGUCAAGGUCACUGUGACCCGAUAUAGUAAAAUGGUUUUCGGAUGAUAACUCAAGAACGCAUACGCCUAGGAUCAUGAAACUUCAUAGGUAGAUUGAUCAUGACUUGCAGAUGACCCCUAUUGAUUUUGAGGUCACAAGGUCAAAGGUCAAGGUCACGGUGACCCGAAAUAGUAAAAUGAUUUUCGGAUGAUAACUCAAGAACGCUUUUGCCUAGGAUCAUGACACUUCAUAGGUACAUUGAUCGUGACCCGCAGAUGACCCCUAUUGAUUUUCAGGUCACUAGGUCAAAGGUCAAGGUCACAGUGACAAAAAUCGUAUUCACACAAUAGCUGCCACUACAACGGACAGCCCAUAUGGGGGGCAUGCAUGUUUUACAAACAGCCCUUGUUUUAUACGUGUUUGAAGCUACAUGCCAGAUGAAAAACUUGGCCGAAGGCACAUGAGUAAACUGCCGUCCCUGAUCAGCUCUUGCUAUUGUCACCAACUUUUUUAGAAUAGCUCUUUUUAUUGGUAUUUGUGUUUCAAAGAAGAAUAUUCUGAAUAUAUAUAAAAUAUUAUAAAUAUUUGUUGACAUAACAUGCAGAAUUGUCUGAGACAUUACAUUAUUCAUGUGGAUUAAGUAAUGUUGCACCUCCACAAACGUUAUUGACAUGCAUUUGAGCUAAAAAAAAAAAUUUUUAAAUUAGUUUUUUUCCCUAUUUGCACUCACAUGUUGACAACUACAUAAUUCAUAAUGUAAUUACCAUAAUUGUGUUGUUUAUGCAUGUAGACAGAGAUUUUAUAUUCAGUGAUCUGAUGUGUUUGCCUGAAUUGUAGCCAUUUUGAAGUUGAAUACACAAACAGAUAAGUGGGAAUAUACGUAUUGGUUUAUUUGAUGAACAAGUUUGGAGACUGAAGGUGUGCUACAUUUAGAUUGUUUCAAACAUAUGCUUGUAAAUUAAUUAGCUGUGCUCUGUGAAAAGGGGGUUUAAUGCAUGUGCGUAAAGAGUCAUCCCAGAUUAGCCUGUGCAGUCAGCAAAGGCUAAUCAGGACACACUUUCCGCGUUAUCUGGAAUUUUGCUAAAAAAAUACUUUCUGUACACGAAAAAUACCAGAAAAGCAGAGAGUCGUCCCUGAUAAGCCUGUGCAGACUGCACAGGCUAAUAUGGGACAACACUUUAUGCACAUGCAUUAAACCCCCUUUUCACAGAGCAUGGCCCAACUGAUUUGUGUUCUCCAUGUAUCCAUGAAUAUAGUCAUCAUUUUCUUAUUUGUGCAAAAUAUCCCAUUUUUUCUGUACAAAGAAUUCCAUGUAUAUUGUAAUAACACUAUAAAUAUUUGUUCUUGUUCAAAUUUUGUCUCGUGUAUAAGCCUGACUGUGAUCAUAAAUUUGAUGAAUUUAUUUCUAUUUUUAGCAUAUUCUUUUUCAGGUAACAUAUUUCUAUUAUUAUUAUUAUAUUAUUUGUAAGGUGACAUAUAAUUUAUGCAAUGGAAAUGUUACUUAGCCAAAUGUAAAACCAGACAUAUGCAAUGUUUUCCGGAAAUGUAAGACUCCAAACUUUUUAUAUCCCCCACUAUAGUAGUGGGGGACAUAUUGUUUUUGCCCUGUCUGUUGGUCUGUUGGUCUGUCUGUUGGUCUGUCUGUUGGUCUGUCUGUUUGCGCCAACUUUAACAUUUUGCAAUAACUUUUGCUAUAUUGAAGAUAGCAACUUCAUAUUUGGCAUGCAUGUGUAUCUCAUGAAGCUGCACAUUGUGAGUGGUGAAAGGUCAAGGUCAUCCUUCAAGGUCAGAGGUCAAAUAUAUGUGGCCAAAAUCGCUCAUUUUAUGAAUACUUUUGCAAUAUUGAAGAUAGCAACUUGAUAUUUGGCGUGCAUGUGUAUCUCAUGGAGCUGCACAUUUUGAGUGGUGAAAGGUCAAGGUCAAUGUCAUCCUUCAAGGUCAGAGGUCAAAUAUAUGUGGCCCAAAUCGCUUAUUUUAUAAAUACUUUUGCAAUAUUGAAGAUAGCAACUUGAUAUUUGGCAUGCAUGUGCAUCUCAUGGAGCUGCACAUUUUGAGUGGUGAAAGGUCAAGGUCAAGGUCAUCCUUCAAGGUCAGAGGUCAAAUAUAUGUGGCCCAAAUCGCUUAUUUUAUGAAUACUUUUGCAAUAUUGAAGAUAGCAACUUGAUAUUUGGCAUGCAUGUGUAUCUCAUGGAGCUGCACAUUUUGAGUGGUGAAAGGUCAAGGUCUAGGUCAUCCUUCACAAGGUCAAGGUCAUCCUACAAGGUCAAACAUUAUAUAGGGGGACAUUGUGUUUCACAAACACAUCUUGUUUUUAUUGUAUAAAAUAUUUGUAACUUGGAAUGAAACAAGUUACAUUUCAGUAUGAUUGUUUCCGAUUAUGUUUUGCAUAAAAUCAUUAGUAAAUAGUCAUCACAAAGAUCAUUAAGCUGCUCAAAAGUAUUGCUCUCUUAUUGAGCAAUCAAUGUGUACAUCCAAGCAUAAUAAUACCCUGUCAUAUGAACAUUGCUACUUCUGUGUGCUGCCAUUCAAUCAACAAUUAUGGAAUGUUCCUCACUAGUCUCUGUUUUACAGGUUUAUUGCCUAAAAUUUAAGUUUAAACUACAUUAAUACAGUAUAAUUGAUUAUCCGUUCAAACAUCAUAACAUACUUAUGAACAUUAUUGAAUUUCAAGCAAACAAAUUUUCAAAGGUCACAAUUACAAAGGAUCUUAUAGUUAAUACAAAUGUUUUGUGUUUGCUGCAAACUAAAUUUCGGGAGUAAAAAAAUAUUCUAAGCUUAUCUUCCUUCUGCCUGGUUUUAAUACAAGGAAAUUGUGCAUGAAGAAUCAUUACCAAGAUGGUAAGAAACCGAAUGAUACAAAAUUGAGAACACACCCAGUAAUCAGAGAUGUGAUGUGCAAAAAUGGGUCUUAUGUCAUAUGCCCCAUAUGCCAAGACCAGUGUAGCUCCAGCCAAGCAUGCGUUAUCGCGUAGUAAUGUCAGGUUUUCUGUGCACUAUAAACACAAGGUUUCCUUGUCCCAUAAGGGGAAAUAGUUGCUUCAGACAUAAUUGCAGGGUUGUGCAGGCUGGUCUGGAGCUACGCUGGCCACAUAUGGCACCUGCAGGGUUGUUCAGGCUGUUGAGCUACACUGGCCGCUUAUGUGCCACCUUCAGGGUUGUGCAGGCUGCUCUGGAACUACACUGGCCGCAUAUGGCACCCAUUUAUGCAUUAUGGGUUGUGUAAGAUAAUUAUCUCCUCCUGAACUGAAGUGCUUUCUAGCUUCUUAAACUUUCUUGAGAAAGAGUCACUGUUUCAUGUUAAUUUUCAACAUAUUGGAUUAUGAUAUACAAAUUGUGUGACUGCUGAAAAGCAUUCAAUGAUGAAUAAGGGUAUACUUAAUGUUUUUUGUAAAUGCCAAACAAAAUGAGAUAUUUGCUUUAACUAUUUUAUGGUCAGAAAAUUAUUCUUGAAGAUAUAUUCGAUUAUGUGAUAUUGUACCAAAUCAGAUAACUAUUUAUUUGAUAUUUUAUCCUCAAAAUUGUAUUGAUAAUGAACAAACUUGUUUGUAUUUUGAUGAAAACUCCAAUAAGAGAGGUAACUAAGUGCAAUAGAGUGUUUUAAUAACUUUUGUUUGAAACAAAUAUUGAUACACAGCAUUUGUCUCUUUAUUUAAUGUAUGUGAUUAUUAUAAUUAAAAUAUUUGAUUAAGGUUUGAAAUAUGAAAAUGUCAAAUGUACUGAAAGGGUUGUUCAAUAUGCUAAGUAUUGGUAGAAUAACGUGAUGUGUUAGAAAUUAGUUAUGUGGAUAAAAGCUAUUUGGCAUGUAACCUUUAUGAUUUAGUUCUUGGUGUAUUUGAAAAGUUUCAGAUUGAAAUAAGUUAUCUAAUAAUCUAAUUUUAGCCAAUGCCAGUAAACUGUUGUUCUGAGCGGAUUCUCUCAUAUUUUUGUACCAUUUUCAAAAGUAAGUAAUUAUGAAUUUACCCUUUACUUAUUGUCACAAAGAUCUUCCAGUGGGAAGAUUUAUUGAAACAAUAACAUUCUUGAUAAGCUUUUAAAUAAUAAUUAAGAAUGGUAAACAGCAAAACAAUCCUUUUCAAGCAACUUUUAAGACUCUCAUGUACAUUGUUUCACUUCUUGUUGUAACAUAACAUACAUCAGCUACUUUCAUAUUAUGAUGGCAUAAUAAUCAGAUCUUUAACCAGUGUUAUGUUUAUUCCAUUAAAUAGUUUGUUUCAAACAGGAGCAAAAUAAAGCUUGAGAAAAAUU